CUGCUUUCCAUACGGGGCGGGGUGGCGCUCAGUCCGGCGCACAGUGCAGAGUGCACCGUCACCAGCGGCUCUCCCUGCACCGUCGCUCCUCUGACUCGACAACAUGGGUCUAGAAAAGGAAAAAUCCGACUGCAGUAUAAUUAUGGACGAAGAUGAGUUCAACAGAUCGAUAGAACCCAUUCUGUCGAAGAAGGGGAAAGUGUACACAACGACGCCGGACCGAGAUCCAAACGAUAUCAACGCGCAUUUGAAGGUUGAUUUUGGAGAUGUCAUCGCGGAGCCCAUCUCUACACACAGCUUCGACAAAUUGUGGAUAGGAAGCCACGCUGCGUUUGAGCUGGUCAAAUUCCUCUUUUACCGCCUGCUGACCACGCUGCUGGCCGUGCCCAUGGCUUUCAUCCUCGGACUGGUCUUCGGGGUGCUCAGCUGCAUCCACAUCUGGUUGGUGAUGCCGGUGAUCCAGAGCCUCAUGAUGCUCCUACCAUCAGUCCAAGUGGUGUGGAGGAGUCUGACAGACAUGUUCAUAACACCGCUCUUCCACAGUAUGGGAAAGAGCCUGUCCUCCAUUCAAGUGAAAUCCACAGAGUACUGAUGCUGCAGACACCUCUCUGUCCCCUGCAGAGACAGAAAUGUAGGACCGAUUGCAGUCAAAGAGAGUGAAUGAUGUUUGUAGUGUAAUACAUGAGCUCUUUAUAAAGUCAAAUGUGAAAUCCUGAAGAGUCCUGCAUAAAGUACAAAUUAUACUAAUUGUACUUUAAAGUAUAAAUUACCAAAACAAUGAAUGAAAUC